AUGGCAGACUUCGUCAAGAGAGGUAGCGUGCAGUUCGUUAAACGUGGCAGUUGUCAACUAAAACUCGCUGCGCAAGAGGUUCGAGCGGCUGUACGAGCGCGACACAUCGUCGCCGGUCUAGUCGCUGUUGGAUUUGCGCUUUGCGGCGCAGUCGAAGUCAGCUCCUCCGUCGCACUACUGGCGAAUCAGAAAGACAAUCAUGCCAUCAUCGACACAUCUUGGCACUGCGAUAUGCUGGUCAAUAUCACCAGCCGCAAUCGCACCGAAGACUUCGAAAUUAUAUUUAUGGAGCUGCCACAGGAGGAGCGAGCGGAAUCGAUUAUGCGUGAGGCGUUCUUAUGGGGACAAGUCGCCGGUCCGAUCCUGGGAGGUUGCCUGGUGUGGGGCCGAUCAGGGCCCUCCAUGGUGUUCUCACGUGCAGUUCUUAGCGCCUGCUUAGCGUCUCUAUUAGUACCUGCAGCUUGGCGCGGACCGUCGCAUGUCGCGCUUCGGUUGUUUCAAGGAUUAUGCACCGGCGCAACCAUGCCUGCUGCUCACAUGUUCGCUAUGACCUGGUUUAAGAGCAAUCACAGAAGCUGGUACUUCAGUUGUUAUGCAGCUGUCAGCGUGGGUUACUGUCUCACUGGAUGGCUGGGCACCGCGGUGGUGCGAACGUUCGGUCGCGAUUCUUUGUGUUACGGUCUGGUUCUUUUGGCACUCUGCUGGUAUUUCGCCUUCGGCCGGUUUGUUAAGGACACGCCAAAGUCCUAUCAACAUGAUACAACUGCGGCUGUGAUACCAUGGGGAAAGCUGUUGAGAUCCGUACCCGUUUGGGCGUCCGCAGUGGCGACGAUGGGUAAUCAGUGGGGUGACGCGACGCUUGCACUUGGCAUGACGAAGUACCUGAAGCUUAUCUAUGGGUUUUCUACAGCUAACGACUCUGUGUUGACCACGUUACCUCACAUCGGUCACUUCAUGGCUGCGCUGACCUGCGGCCUCCUGGUAGAUCACGUCCGCGAAUCUAAAAUAGUUUCCACGACCACGGCGAGAAAGUUGGUCGUCUAUACAGCGCACUUCAUCCCCGCGGCCCUUCUCUUCGUCGCUGGUUACGCUGGCUGCCAGGCUCUGGGUGCUGCCUGGCUGGGGAUAGCAGCCCUCCUCGUUUCUGGCACCGCACCGGCCGGUGCACUCGCAGCCAUAGCUGAUCUCGCACCUGCGGAGUCACCGGCGUGCGCCGCGGCCGCGUGCGCUCUUUGCUCCACGCUGGGCGCCGCGGGACUGCUGGCCGCCAAUUACUUCGUCACCCAGGCUCUUCAUGGCUCCAUCGCUGGUUCUUGGCGAUUGGUGUUCGGUGUUGCUUCUGUCGUCUUACUGACGACCGCUGCGGUUUUUCUGGCUCUCGGCAAAGGCGUUCCGCAACCGUGGAUCCCAUCUGUGGCGAGACCGCGGAGUCACGACGUAAUCUACGAGCAAGACGCGUUGGAGCUUGAUCACGAGGACGUGGGCGUGCAGACCGAGCCCUUCGUGCCCUAUUCGCUCGAGGACGACAUCGAGAGUUUGAAAAACGUACCCCGCUCUUCAUCCAUUCACUCGAAGAUCUCGGUGGCCUCCAAUUAAAUCGCGAGUGCCCUUGUACCAAUUCUCUGUGCUAUUUUCAUGCCUCAUAUUGCACCAAGGAUAUUCUAUCCCCCCCGGAUUAUUACGAUAAGAAAAACGAUGUACAGUAAACAUAUAUUGCAAAUGCACACGCGAUUAACACGAUAAAUGUAUAUAAGGUUUAAGAAUAAGAAUAAAAGUUUAUACGAUAACGAUAGAAUGUCCUCGAAGAAUAUCACUACGACAAAAAUUGAAAAACUGAGUAUUUAAUUUUUUAUCAAGAUCUGCUUCUUGUAGAAAAUUAAAGUUGCUGUUACGAAUUGUCGUUAGAUUUCGCGAAACACGAUUUGAACAACCGAGGCCGGUCUAGAUAAAAUCGUUGUGAGACAAUGCCAUGAAUAAUAACAGGUAGAUUCGCGGAGUGAUAUAAUUUGACUCGUAGAAAGUCGAUAGCUGAUAAAAAUGUCGCGCGUUGGAAACUCGAGGGACAUGACAGGACAAAUGUCAGGUAAGCGUCGCUUUUGUCUCGGAUUAUUCGCUUUCGACUAUUGUUGUUGAAACGGCUUCGCCUCCAUCGGGAUAUCUCGUGAUUUUCUUCGCUCGCGUUAUUUUCUAGCAUACAAAUCUAUGCAUUAUGCCCAUUUCUAUGAGACACUAUGUGCCCUCCUCGACGACUUUCUAUCUCUGGAGUAAGAGUGAGAGACGAACCAGUGCGGCGAAUACGGUGGACGCUUUAAUUAGAUAAUCUUACAGAUCCGCGUAUUCCUAUCGGUGCUGAUUCCAUUGUGAAAACGCGCCUACGCCUUUGUAACUAGUGCAUGCAAUACCGGAAUACCGGAAGACGUGUGCAAGACCCACUGUCCGUGCUGGCGAGUGUCCUCGCCUGUGUCCUAACGACGGCCUUUCGAAUGCAAGCGUGCAUAUCCGGCACGCGUGGAAAAAUCAGAACUACAUUUUAGAUUUCCGCGGAAAAUAGCCUGCCGUUCGCCAUGAAUUAAAAAUUAUUUUGCACGUUGCUUUUCACACCGGAAACUCAUUCGAUCGACAUUCUUAAGCAGAAUGUUGAGUCAAUACUGGCAUUGCGAUUACUUGCAUGCAUAUGUUUUACUUCACUUAUCAGUAAUUGACACACGUAUACUUCUGUACUUUGUACAAACAAAAUUUUUGAAAUUUUGGAAUAAGUUUGUUUAAUUUCUUUUUCUGAGGUAUCAAUGAAAUUACUUGCACCCAUAGUUAGGAUAAUCCGAUAAUCGAUCCAAUAAUUGACAGUAGCUAAUAGCCCGUUCAGACUAGAGAUUAAAAUUGAAACAGUUUAACGAAUCGGAAGAAAGAGAAUUUAUAUCAAGUUUAGUGAACUUUGCUUUGAUUGAUUAAAUUCAAUCUCAAUC